CCCUCCAAGUACCUGCAGUGUUAUUAACUCUAUUCAAUCCUACACUUUUGUAUUUAAAUAGACCAGAAGUGUGCCAAAGAGAACUGAUUAAGAAGAAAAUAUUUACUGUAGAUUUUGAUAAAUUGCACCUUAAAUUUAUGAGACAUAAUACUGUAUUUAAAUUUAACAUCAUAAACUAUAUGAAAACAUUAAUCUAAGUACUGGUAAAUUUAUACAAUAUAAAGAAAAUAUACAGAUUGAGUAAAUCAGUCUUUUACCUUUGCAGAAACAGUAUGACACAGUCUUUAUUUGUGCAGCUUUGCUUAUGGGAGGAAAAAGCCUACCAGUUUCCAUGACUCACCUAUAAUCUAUGCCUUGUCUUUAGCCAGCUUUUUAAGUCACCCUUUUAUGAUCACCUUAUUAUGUAGUCACCCUGUUAAUGAUGUAUUGUGAAAAGUGUUCCUAAUGUGUUAUAAAUAAAUAAUUUCUCUCUUUACUCUUGUUUUAGCCUACUACCAUCUCCUUAAGAGUUCUUUCAGCUAUAACAAGAAAAUCAAACCCCAUCAAAUUCAGCAUUUAUGUUAUUGUCUCUAGUGAUUUAGCUGUAGUUUUGGCAAGAAUUACUCUCUUCCUCCAAUAAUACAGAUGCUUAAGAGCAGAGUGCUCAGAUUGCAAGAAACCCCUCUAACUACAGAUGACCUGGAUUUGGAGUAUGCUAUUAUUAAACACACACUAAGCAGGUGAUUGUUUACCUAUAACUUAAAUAUUUAACUGCUCACAUUCAACUGAGCAGAUGUUGAUGGUAUUGUUUUGCCAUCUACUCAUCUACUACAUCUACAACCAAGACACCAAAGCAUAUGCUGAAGAUCCUCUUAAGUCCAAGGAUUCUUUUCUUGACACAGUAUUGCAAGUAUGUACUAUCUAUAUAUGUGGAAACACCCUGCUUGAGCAACAUCUCCUCUUUUCCAUAAGUCUCUUGGUCUGGAAGAUUUGGAGAGUGGUGAAGAACCACUGUUAGAAAGGCAUCUGCAGAUUUUGGCUCUUUACACCAUGUUGUUAUGUUCUUGUAGGGGUUUUGGGGCUGCAGAAGCUUAUCACAGGAUUGGACUCUGCAUUUUGAAUAGUAUUUGUGACUUUAAUUUAAUUUGACCUGGAGGACUAGGUUACCCACACACCCAUCCCUGCUGAAAUACUCAGGGACUUUUAGCUGACUCUUAACUCUGAACACAGAAAGCGCUUGCACAUAAACAUACACAAGUCUGUCAACACACACAGGUCAGCUAUAUCAGAUCCACAAGAUCUAAAAUUGCAUAAAAACCAUCGUGACGUAUGCAAUUCACUUGUUCUUUCGUAUUCUCUGAUAUGAACAGAAACUGACCAGUGGUGCAUGGGCAGGCAGGAGGCAGCCAGUGGACUUCCAUGCUGUGACACCACGGGAUCUGUGCCCUCAUCCUGCCAUCACCACGCAAAUCCCUUCUGCAUCACUUGCCUCUCACAGGGUCACAGUCUUCAAGGUGCUCAGUGACCGACGGGAACAGGUAGCCUGGUGACCUGCCCCAGAGCCAUGGGAACCCUUAGCCCCAUCUCAGGGUACUGCUCCUAGCUGGAGACCUCCAGUGAAGGUGGGGACUUCCUGGGGACAAGGCCCUCUGGGUGCUGGUAUAGGAUCCUGUGAGGUCAGGGACCUUCAGACUCUCAGGGGAUAUGCGAUUUGAGGGUGAUGGGCAGGCGACAUCCCCACACUGAGGCGGCCCUGUUCCCAGCUCCAUGGCCCUCUACUCCCCACAAAUGAACCUGCUGUAUCAGGGUCAGGGCCAUCACUUACAAAUUUCUCACCAGAGGAGAGGUGACUUAUUUAAAAUUUGAGCUGGAAAUCCUGGUUAUGUCAAAGCAGAUCUUAGGUACAGCUGCCUUCCCACUGCAUGUCACCAGUGGCAGAGGGACUAGUGGGAGCUCUGGGACUGAAUGUAGUGGAAGCACUAGGAUGGGGGAGCUGGGCUGGGCAUGCUAGGUAGGACAUGCUUGCUGGCAGCCUGGGAGGGCAUCCUCAUUCCAUGUUCUCAGUGGGCACUGGUAGCACUGAGAUGUGCUAUACUGGGAGUCCUAGUGUAGGAGUACUGGCAGCACUGGGCUGAGGGUACCGGGACCACUGGAAUGGGCCAUACUGGAAUGGGAGGCACUGGGGGCAAUAGGAGCAGUGUGUUUUGGGGUGUGGUUUGGAGGCUGGAUGUGCUAGGGCAGGCAUGCUGGGGGAGUAUUUGUGGUCCAUGGUGGAUAUUUGUGGGCCAUGAACUGGUUUUGGGGACUAUUUGGGGGCCUAAGGACCAUGGGGCAAAGGCUGCCCCACAGAAUGGCCUUCCCCCUCCAUGUCUGAGCAGUGGAGGUGAAGGAGGUUUUGGAGUUCGAUGUGAUGCUGGAGUGGGAGUCCCCUCAGGAUAACAGCAACUCCAAGGGCACACACUACACUGUGCAGAAGGUGAUGGGGAAACCCCCAGCCACUGCCCCCCAGCUGCCUCCCCUCAGAACCCCCAAAUGAUGCUUGGGUCCUCUUCUGGUUGUGAGGGGACAGCCUGGAUGCCAGUGCUCCACUUCUGGCCUUGGGGGGAACCCCAGACACGUGGGUCUCCUCCUGGUUGUGAGGGGCUGCCCAGAUAUCUGUAUCGCAUCCUGGUCCGGAGGGGCUAUCUGGGCAUCUGGGUCCUAUCCAGAGGCAUCUGGGUCCUAUCCGGAGGCCAUCUCAGGGAGAGAACACCAAAAUCUGGGUCUCUUUCGGGAGAUGCCCAGAUGCAUGUCUCCUCCUGGCUGUGGUGGGCACCCCAAACACCUGGGAGUUUUGUGUUUUGGGGUGCCAGCUGUGCUCUGUCUCGGAGGGCCCAAGGAGGGACCAAGUGUGGACAAAACCACCUCUCUUUGCUGCCCCCACAUCCAGCCUCCUGGGUCCUUCCAGGAUUUUGGGACUGACCAGAGGGUCCCUAACUCAGGCCAUGUGUCCACGUGUGUGUGUGUCCAGGCCUUCCACUGAAGCCCUUGAGUUCCAGCAUGACCCUUGCUUGGCCCCAUGGCUCGAAGCACCGCGGCAGCUGAAUCACGGCCCUCAGCUGCAGCCCAAGGGGGGGCGACACCUGAGGGCACGGAGGGGGCUGGGGUACCCCCAGUGCUGUCCUCCCACCCAAGGUAGAAUGCAGAUGGAGACCAAGGGGAGCAAGGGAAUUUUGGGGUUCCUAAUCACGUGUUCCCCCAAUCCAAGUGGCUGAAGAAAAAGGGGGCCAUCAGGGAGGCCAGAGGUCCCUGGCCCACCACAGCUGCAAACAUGGGACUCGAUGAUCUGUAAGAAGUCCCUUCCAAGCCGGCCUCUCCAUGACUCCGCCACAGCCGGCUGCCAGGGCCAGGCGUUACCUGGCAACAAGCGACACCACAAACACAGGCACGUGCCACCGGGGCUCGGGAAGGCAGAGGAAGAGGAGGAAGGAGGCUGCUGGCUGCCCACGUUCCUAGCUGCAGCUUCCUUCCGAGCAAGGAGGAAGGACAGGUGCUGUGUUUUCGGGCAGGGCAGCAGCCAUGGUCUCCGUCAGCCUGUUACAGCUGCUGGAUGACGCCAUCGGGAAGCCCGAAGUCAAUGUCAACUUGGAGGCGCUCCGCAGACUGCUGAAGGUCAUAGUGGAAUACCUGAGCCUGCUGGGUCUGCAGGAGGUGAUCCCCGAGGAGGGGGCCCAGGAAGCCGCGGCCGCCCCGGGGCAGAGCCCCGGCCCGCAGCAGGAGGAAGGCUGGAGCGGCGCGGAGGCGGGACAGCCCUCCCAGCCGCCGGAUGAGCUGCAGGAGACCAGGAGCGGCUCUCCUGUCACCUCGGUGGCUGCCGACAUGGGACAGAUGGAGAAGACUGAAGCCAAAGAGAGUGGCAUCUCCAAGGCCACUGCUCUCUCCCAGGAGACCCACAGGGAAAUGGCUGGGAUUAAGACCAUGCAGCUCAACAUGGGAAAGGAAAUCCAGAGGAUCAAGGAGUCACUUGGCCAGACCACAGAUCUCUGCAAGGAUCUCUGUAAGGAGAUCAAUGAGAUGAAAGCCACACAGUCCCGCAUGGGAGAAGGCAUCCAGAUGAUCCAGGAAGCACUUGGCCAGGGGAACAUCCAGGAUGCUGCUGGCCAGCCACUGGUCUUCCACGACCAGCCUGCCCCUGCCAAGCCCCACACUUCGGACAUGGACAAGCUAGGGCAGAGCCCUGGUACCCAGAGCACCACCCCUGGGAUGCAGACAAGGACCCCCAGUGCCCAAAGUGGCACCACUGGGACACAGCUUGGUUUGCAAGCAGGCCUUCCAGCUAUGGAGAGCAUCCUCAGAGACCUAUCUGAGCUCCAGGGCCAGAUGUCCUCCCUGCAGAACCUGGUCCGAGACCUGCUGGGUGAGAAGGAGAAGAUCAGACAGCUGCAGGAUGCCCUUGGAAAGCUGGGUGUGACUGUACCUGAGUGCAGAGUGGAUGGCACCAACGAGAUCCCCCUACAGCUGGAGCCUGCACUGCUAGAGAUUAAACAGGAGCAGAAGGAGCUGAGAGAGGAGCAGAAUAUUACCAAGGCCACACUGAAGCAGCUGGUCACAGCUGACCAGCUUCAGGAGCAGCUGAAUGAGUUGAGGGCAGUGAUGGGGACUGCAAAGCAGCAGCCGGGAGAGUCACACUCAGACAACAAGCUUGUGAGGAAGCUCCUGCACCGCUGUGAAAGGCUCCAGCAGCAGGUGGACUGCCUGGUGCCACAGCAGGUGCAGAGGUCACUGCCAGAGAAGACCCAGGAAGAGGAGCUGCUAAAGAGCAUCCAGGCCACUGUUGUGCGGGUGGAAGGGGACUGCGAGCAGCUCGGCUACGUCACGGGGAGCCUCCGGGAUGACCAUCGCCAGCAUCAGAAAGAUAUCGAGGCUCUGUUCCGGUCCCUGGAGGGUCUCGAGAAGAAAGCAGACAAGGAGGACCUGCUGCUGCUGAAAGUGGACAAAGCUGCCCUGGGCAGCAAAGUCAGUUGCGCCCAUUUUGAUGAAAGCAUGGAGCGUCUGGAGGAGAGGAUGCGGGAGUUGCUGAGACGGGUGAUGGGUCAGGAGCAGCGCUGGCAGGAGGCCCAGCAGCAGUUCCGUGAUGUCCUGGACUCCAAGCUGGAUCGCCUGGAGCUUGGGCCUUUCCAGAAGCAGCUAGAGGAUACCUGGGCAAAGACCAUUAAGGAUCUCAAGGAUGAGUUGACAGUAGAGAUUGACGAUGCUGCUGGAAUUAAGCAGCAGCUGCUGGUCCCAUUCAAGUGCCUGUCCUGCGACCGGCAGUUCAACAUGCAGGUGCCUGGCGCGCACAUUGACACACUGCCGCUCCUUCCACCGCUGCCUGGCAGCCAUGCUGCACACCCCUCUACCAUCACCACAGAGGAGCAAGCACAACAGCAUGGUCACAGACCUCACCACCUUAGAGCACCAGCCAGCUUCAGAACUCAAACACUGAUCCCGGGCACUGUAGUAUUUGCUGUAAAUCAGUCCCUCUGGAUAGAACCAGCAGCCAGGCAGCUAGAUGUGACUGGAUGCUUGGAGCCCUGCAUGAAGAAAAGACCGGGACAGCUGCCCAAAGGGAUUUAUUUUCAAGUUAAUAAAAAAAAUUUAACCUGCUGUGUUUGAGAUAUUCUAAGCAAGACUGAUUUCAAAAGUAACCCCUCGCUUCAGAGCUGCCACCCUAACCCUGGACAGGUGCCACAGGGAAGGGCGAACUUUUGGCGGAGACAGGAACAGCAGAGCUUGGGGUGAGGCCCCAGACUGGGUCAUGUGGGCAUAUGGGGGGUGUCCCUGAGCCAGGUGGAGGGGCUGGUGUUGCCCCAACCCAUGGGCUGUGGAGGUACAAAAGGUGUAGUCCCUGGGCUGUCCCCCCACGCAUGCUGCUGGUGCCCCUGAACUGAGCUUUGGCGAGGCUGCAGCAGCGCCACACAUCUAGGGGGAGCUUGAGAUGAGCCCGAGCAGCACUGCUCCCUCUCCCGCAUCAGGCUCAGGGCAGGGUUUAAUGUCAUCAUCAUCAUCAUCAUCAUCCAUGAUUUACACUCUGGGUGAGGAGUAAGCUGGAGCACCUCCUCGUGGCCUGGAAACCAGAGUGUGCCUUCCUGACUCUCCUCCCAGGACACUGCAUUCACAGCAUUAACCUGCUCUUUACAGUGGGCUUGGACCUACUUUGAACUAUCAGUGUCCUCCUGCUUCUUGGCACCAUUAUUUUAUGGCCAGUCACAUCAAUCACUGCUGGUCAAACAAAAGUGCCAGUAUAAAGAAGGUUCAUUCUUCCCCUGGGCUGACUGUUGAGUGCAGACAUGAGAGUGGUGAACUCUGGCCCCGAUACAGCAAAAGUGUGCAGGGGGAGCAGAGGGUGAUGGAGCUGCUAUGGGCCCACCUCAGCAUGGGUACUUCACCCACCCCUGACCUGCAAUACUGCAUGUCAUCUGCGUGCCUCAGAGCUCCCUGACCUCCCUGGGUCCCCAGCAGUCCCAGAGGUCCCUUUCCCCCUAAGUCCUCAACCACCCAUCCUAGAUGUCUUUGUUCUCACAGAUCAAUUUCUCCCUGAAU